CCAAAGGGGAGAUCUGCUCAGGACAGCCAGUUGUGCUACUGAUGCAGCUCUGAAUCACCUUGACAUGCAUUCUCAUUGCACCACCAAGAGAGUCACUGGAAUGACACAAGCAAUGCAGACUGCAACGUGCAUUAUUAGGAUUAGUCCAAUAAUCCCAAACCCUGAGAAAACAGCAGGUUCAAAAGGAGCAUUUACCGAGGCAUUAUACUUUGUUUGGUAGCUAGUUAGGACUUCCUGUACCAAAUGCAACGCAGAUCCUCCAGGCAGUCCUAAAAACUGUAUAAAAGGAUUCACUGCUCAGGUCUCUUCUAAACGCUUCUUUGGACUUCGUCUCCUCGGUGAACUGGGUUUACCUCCAUCACAGAAAGAUGUCUUGUUCCAGCCUGUACUAUCCAGAAUGCGGGGUGGCCCGGCCCAGUCCAGUUUCUGGCAGCUUCAAUGAGCCGUGCGUUAGGCAGUGCCCUGACUCCGAAAUAGUGAUCAGACCAUCCCCAGUUGUCGUGACCAUCCCAGGACCAAUUCUCAGCAAUUUCCCUCAGCAGAGUGAAGUGGCAGCUGUUGGAGCACCUGUGGUCGGAGCCGGCUAUGGGGGUUCAUUCGGUUUGGGGGGAUUGUACGGGGGCUAUGGAGGCCGUUACGGAGGAUUGUAUGGUUACGGGGGAUUAGGUGCUUACGGGGGCCGUUAUGGAUUCGGGGGAUUGAGUGGUUACGGGGGCCGUUAUGGUGGAUGGUGUGGUUACGGGGGAGGUUACGGUUAUGGAGGAUUAUCCGGUUCCGGGGGUAUCUUGCCAUAGGUACCUGAGUGGAAGCUGUACACCAUGUUAAACCCUGCAGGAAUAUCAAUGGUAAAAGAAAAGACCAGGAAAUGAAGAACAAGCUACAGAUUCAGAUGGAGAUUUCAGAAGCGCUGUGCAGGCAUGGCUCCACUUGAAUUCAACGCGAGCUGUGUCUGCUCAGCGCCUUUGUCUCCUAGACCCAUUUCUAAUGUUAUGCUUAUAAACUCUUUCUGCCAAUGCUUUCCCAACCGCGUGCUUAGUCUCUCAGUCACAUGUGGACUCAUUCUGAAUUACACUCAGGCUGUUUGCACUAACCCCGUAGUCUGACGGAAAGAGGGGCCUUAAGACAGGCAUUAGUUGUAUUUAUUAUCACUCGAAUUUGUUUGUCCAACUCUGCACCUGCGAAAAAGGAAAAACAACUUCUUGCCUCAAAUGCAUCGCAAGGAAGCGGGUGAUCGGUCGCAGCCCUUCUGGAAACACGUGAAAUACCUUCUUUCUCUUGUGUAUUAUUUCUUUCUGUAACUGUGUAUUGCAAAUUUCAUUCUCAUUAAAAACUAUGCUGCAUCGUAA